AUGCCUGAAGCUGCCCCAGCUGGAUCGAAGCCGAGCAGCAGCGUCAAGCUGGUGUUGCUCGGAGAAGCUGCAGUCGGGAAGUCGUCGCUAGUCCUGAGAUUCGUGAAUAAUGACUUCCAAGAGAACAAAGAGCCGACAAUAGGUGCCGCUUUUUUGACACAAAAAUGCUCGCUUCCAACACGAAUGAUCAAGUUUGAAAUAUGGGAUACCGCCGGCCAAGAACGAUUUGCUUCUCUUGCUCCCAUGUACUACCGAAAUGCGCAGGCUGCGCUGGUUGUCUACGAUCUGACCAAGCCGGCUUCGCUGGUAAAAGCCAAACACUGGGUAGCAGAACUUCAACGGCAAGCAAGCCCCGGAAUCGUUAUUGCGCUUGUCGGAAAUAAGCUGGAUUUGACCAGCUCUGGAGCAGGCGAAGGAAGCGAUGAAGCGACUGAUGCUGAGGAUAACGGUGCCCCGGGUCCAGAUGCUGAUGCAGAUGAUGAUGCAGAGAACAGCGAUAUUCCCACGACAGAUGCACGAAAGAUCUCUACCCGGGAAGCAAGCACUUAUGCGGAGGAGGAAGGCCUUCUGUUCUUUGAGACUAGUGCCAAAACAGGCUUUAACGUCGCAGAUGUUUUCACAGCCAUCGCCAAUGCCAUUCCAGAAACGAGCUUGAAGGGCGCGAAGUCCGGACCCGGAGGCGGCCAGACGUCCCUUGGUACUGGUCGGUUGGGAGAGGAUUCGCGGGUGAACCUUGGUGAUCGCAAUGCUGCUACAGCGAAGGAAAGAAACAAGAUGUUGAUGUCGGAUAUUGAUAUGGGCCAGAUCACGGGAUCCACUAAUCCCGGAACGAAAACGCCUAACCGCAAACUGAUUAGUGGACCGCCUAAGCGAGAGCGUCGACACGCGAUUGGUCGAUGGAAGGUAACGCACAUUUGUGUGAGCGACCCGAAGUUUGUAUGCGAUUCAAUCUUCUCCGCCGACCGAACGAACGACCGAACGACCUCCACGACAAUCUCAGAUCGAAGAAGAGAAGAGAAGACACAUCUCUCUGUUCGCACAAUCAUGGCUUCCCUCAACAAGAUUGCUGCCAACUCUCCUUCGAGGCAGAGCCCUUCUGAGUUGGAGUCCUCCCUCGCUAAUGCUCUUUUCGACCUCGAGAGCAACACCCAGGACUUGAAGGCCUCUCUGCGCCCUCUCCAGUUCGUCUCUGCUCGCGAGAUUGAGGUCGGCCACGGCAAGAAGGCUAUUGCCAUCUUCGUUCCUGUCCCUCUCCUCCAGGGCUUCCACAAGAUCCAGCAGCGAUUGACCCGUGAGCUCGAGAAGAAAUUCUCCGACCGCCAUGUCAUCAUCAUCGCCUCUCGCCGUAUCCUCCCCCGCCCCAAGCGCUCUGCUCGCUCUCGCAACACUCUUACCCAGAAGCGUCCUCGUUCCCGCACUCUGACCGCCGUCCACGACGCCAUCCUGUCCGACAUUGUCUACCCCGUUGAGAUUGUUGGCAAGCGUAUCCGCACCAAGGAAGAUGGCAGCAAGACCAUCAAGGUUGUCCUCGAUGAGAAAGAGCGUGGUGGUGUUGACCACCGCCUUGAUGCCUAUGGCGAGGUUUACCGACGACUCACCGGCCGUAACGUUGUUUUCGAGUUCCCUCAGAGCAGCGUUGCUGAUUACUAG